GACUUCAUUCCCCUUCUCUAUUUAACCCAUUAUUGUUUUUCUCGCAAACUAUCAUGAAUUCUAAUUGCCUUUUCUUUUUUCUAUAGUUCAUUAUCUUAGUUCACCAAACUCUUAUAAGUAGAGCCAAGCCAAACCAACCACACCAAGUACAAGCAGAGAGUUACAACACAUAUUUCUUUUUCUUUUCCCUUUUUCCUAGGCACAGCACACGCCCUCUCAAAUAGAAACUGAGAGAUGAAUUCUGAUCAGUUUCAGAAGAACAGCAUGUUCGUAGAAACCCCUGAAGAUGGUGGCAAAAACUUCGACGAUGAUGGACGAGUCAGAAGAACUGGUACAUGGAUAACUGCGAGUGCCCAUAUCAUAACGGCAGUGAUAGGGUCAGGAGUGUUGUCACUUGCAUGGGCAAUUGCACAAAUGGGUUGGGUGGCUGGCCCUGCCGUUCUCUUUGCCUUCUCUUUCAUCACUUACUUCACUUCCACUCUUCUUGCCGACUGUUAUCGUUCACCUGAUCCUGUUCAUGGCAAGCGAAACUACACCUAUUCCGAUGUUGUCAGAUCCGUCUUAGGAGGGAGGAAAUUUCAGCUGUGUGGAUUAGCUCAGUACAUAAAUCUUGUCGGUGUAACUAUCGGUUACACGAUAACGGCUUCAAUUAGUAUGGUGGCGGUGAAGAGGUCGAAUUGUUUUCACAAACAUGGUCAUCAUGUUAAGUGCUAUACGUCAAACAACCCUUUCAUGAUCCUCUUUGCCUGCAUUCAAAUCGUGCUUAGCCAGAUACCAAAUUUCCAUAAGCUCUGGUGGCUCUCCAUUGUUGCAGCAGUUAUGUCUUUUGCUUAUUCUUCCAUUGGCCUCGGGCUCUCAGUAGCUAAAGUGGCAGGUGGUGGAGAGCCUGUACGGACAACCUUAACGGGGGUGCAAGUUGGGGUAGACGUUACAGGAUCCGAGAAGGUCUGGAGGACGUUUCAAGCUAUUGGUGACAUUGCCUUCGCUUAUGCUUAUUCUAACGUGCUCAUCGAGAUACAGGAUACCCUGAAAUCGAGCCCUCCAGAGAACAAGGUCAUGAAAAGAGCAAGUUUGAUUGGCAUCUUGACUACAACCUUGUUCUAUGUGCUAUGUGGCUGCCUAGGUUAUGCAGCAUUUGGAAACGAUGCACCAGGAAAUUUCCUCACAGGGUUCGGCUUCUACGAGCCCUUUUGGCUCAUAGACUUUGCUAACAUCUGCAUAGCCGUGCACUUGGUUGGAGCAUAUCAGGUCUUCUGUCAGCCCAUAUUUGGGUUCGUAGAGAACUGGGGUAAGGAAAGGUGGCCCAAUAGCCAAUUUGUAAAUGGAGAACACGCUUUGAACUUUCCACUAUGUGGAACCUUCCCUGUGAACUUCUUCAGGGUGGUGUGGAGAACAACAUAUGUCAUCAUCACUGCUUUGAUAGCUAUGAUGUUUCCAUUCUUCAAUGACUUCCUAGGCCUGAUUGGUUCACUGUCCUUUUGGCCAUUAACCGUUUACUUCCCCAUAGAAAUGUACAUUAAGCAGUCAAAGAUGCAAAGGUUUUCCUUCACGUGGACAUGGCUCAAGAUACUGAGCUGGGCUUGCUUGAUCGUUUCUAUUAUCUCAGCUGCUGGUUCCAUCCAAGGCCUCGCUCAAGAUCUCAAGAAAUAUCAACCCUUCAAAGCCCAGCAAUAAUAAUAAUUUGUUCCAAAGUUCUAAAUUGCUUUCUUUUCUAAGUAACUUUUUUUAGUAAGUUUCAGCAUGUUCAUGGAUAAUUUAUUGUUAUCAAGUGCUUAUGAAAGAAAGAAUAUAACACCCAGCUGCAUUGUAUAACUGUCAAGAAUAAUUCUAAGAUGUAUGAAAGUGUGCACUGUCAUUUAACA